AUAUAAAAUAUAAAAUCAUUUGCCCCUGGUUGUUUGUUGUCUGCACAUUGAGUUCUUGAAUAUUUUAAUAUCAAAUUCGAUAAUGUUGUUGACAUAUGUACUUGGCGGUUUAAUCAUUCAUUGUAUUUAUUGUGCAGUUCCCACGAAGCAGUAUAUGGCAGUUGCAGAUCCUGUUAGUCAUGAAGUAGUCAUUGGUACCUUGCCAAGUUUUAAGCUACAUCAAUUUGGAAACAAGCUGUAUUAUUUUGGAGCUAUUUAUAAAGGAGAUUACAACCAAGCCAUGCAAUUCUGUAAUUUUCAUGAUAUGCAGGUGGUCAGUAUUGAGACUAAGGAAGAAAAUGAUUUCCUAUGGACAAGCCUCAAAUCUUUUCUUGCAUGGGGAGAAUUUAGGUUUUGGACUUCAGGGACCACUACCAAAGAACAUCUCUGGUUCUGGAUGUCAACCGGCAAACCCGUAACUUGGGCAAACUGGUUUCCCAACCAGCCUGACAACACUGUUAAUGAAAAUUGUAUAGAGGCCGUUUAUCUGAAUACGAAUGGAGCUCUAUUGUGGAACGACGACGUUUGUUCGAAAUCGAACUUUGUUAUUUGUGAAACAACUAUACCAAAAAGUAUUUUAAAAAUGGUACCUGGGACUUCAACAAAUUUUUGUAAUAUAACAUUCAUAAGCCUGGCGACAUGAGCUAUCAAGUUUUCUUGUUUGAAAUUCUCCAUAAUAGGGGUAUAUUUAUAUAUAUUAAUAGAUUUUCAAUUGACGACUGAAGGAAGUAUAUGGAAGGUAGGAAUUAACGGGACUUUCAGUCAGACACGUUUAAAAAAUAUACUUACUCUAUUUUACAAAUCGCCAAGCUUUUGUAUCUGAAUAAAGACUUCGUCAGGACACUAAAAUGAAAUACAAUUGAAAAGAACUUAAGAAAAUGGACAAUACUCACAAGUGAUCUGAAUUCCACAAUUGAAAAUUAAUUAUUAAUGAAUUUUUUUUCCAAAAUUGGAGCAUUGAUUUUAAAAGUGUCAUAAUUUUCAGAUAUUUGAUAUUAGUAAUAUCAUGUUCAAAGCUUACUAUAAUGACAAGUUAUUGGAAAUAUUAAAACACAGUUUAAAGAUUCUACACCUGAUUUGAACAAAUCAAACAUUGUUUACAAUAUACCACGUAAUAAUUGUGAUUUAAAUUAUAUUGGAACAACUUCCAGAACAUUUGAUCAAACAAAAGUUUCAUAUUAAAAAAUAUGUCCAAGAGGCUUUUCAGAAAUUGUCCUAAUUGUUUUUUACUUGAUAAAAUACACAGUUAUUGAUUAUCCAGAGGUAGACUUAUUUAUUGUCUUACUGAAAAUGAUAAUGAUGAAAGAUUUAUCUGAAUAUAGUACCCUAUAAAAGAGAGGGCAACAAAAUUUAUAUUAUUUAUGGUUGAUGUGCAGGAUUAUGUUAUGAAUUUAUUCUAGUGAAAUAUCAAAAGUAUUUGUAUUUUGAAGUUUGUGUAAGUUCUUAUACAUAUCAAGAUAUUACUGAGGUGAUCAAUAUCUGAUCUUUUGUUAAGACAAUUUUCUGGCUGUAAUAUAAAUGACCGUUCCACGAACAA